AUGCGAGUGGUUCAUACAGAUGCACAAAAAGAAUUGGUCACCAAAUGGAUCUCAUCUCUAAUGAAGAAUUCAUUUCUGUCACAGUAUCAUUGUGAAAUCCUUUCAAUUAAAAAUGUCUGUGAAUGGAAUUCAUGCGCCAUACUUGUAUCUACAGAAGACAGCCUCACACCACUGAUCUCCCUCUCACCACAAUGGGCCACAAUACUCACUGAUGACUUUGUCAUUUUAACCUGCAAUGAGGCUUCCGCUGCUGAAGGGACAUGGACAUAUUCCUGGUACAAAGAUGGCGACUGGAUAAGUGGAGAUGAGCAGAGUCUGGAAAUGAAGAAUGCAGAAGUGAGAGACAGUGGGAAUUACCAGUGCCAGAUCGGUGCCAGCCAGAGAAGUGACCCAGUUGGACUGGAUGUGAGGAAUGAUUUUGUUAUUCUACAAGCCCCCUCUUCUGUCUAUGAAGGGGACUCCUUGUCUUUGAAUUGUUACAGCCUCCCUGGAUAUAAUGGAAGAAAUACUGUAUUUUACAAGGAUAAUAAUGUAUUCAAAACUCAACCUUCAGACUCUUAUUUACAUAUAGGAAGAGUGAACGUGAAUACAUCGGGCACAUAUAGAUGUGAAAAAGAAGUCAAUUAUUACCAUUAUUUUUAUCAUUCUUAUGGUUUUUAUACCCAUAGUGCCAAAGUCAUUAUUUCAGUCUCGGAACUCUUCCCUGUCCCACAAAUAAAAGUGAGCUCAGAUCAGGUGACAAAAGGAGAUCACAUGACCAUAACAUGUGACACAAAGCUCAGCCCACACAGAGAGACUACAGAGCUACAGUUUGUUUUCUACAGAAAUGGGCACAAUGUGCAGGGAUUCAGUUUAUCCAACCAAUAUGGAGUCCCCUCAGCUCAGCUGGAGGAUUCUGGGAAUUAUACCUGUGAGGUACAAACUUCAAGCAGAAGUAUAAAGAAGAAGAGCGGUGUGGUAGUCAUUCAGAUACAGGAGCUGUUUAGUACCCCCCAAAUAAUUGUGGAUCCAUACCCUUGGACAGAAGGAGAUCACAUGACCAUAACAUGUGACACAAAGCUCAGCCCACACAGAGAGACUACAGAGCUACAGUUUGUUUUCUACAGAAAUGGGCACAAUGUGCAGGGAUUCAGUUUAUCCAACCAAUAUGGAGUCCCCUCAGCUCAGCUGGAGGAUUCUGGGAAUUAUACCUGUGAGGUACAAACUCCAACCGGCAGUGUGAGGAAGAGGAGUAAUGUUAUGACUAUUGGGAUACAGGAGCUUUUCCUUAAUCCAUUGAUAAAAGUGAGUCCAGAUCAGGUGACAGAAGGAGAUCACAUGACCAUAACAUGUGACACAAAGCUCAGCCCACACAGAGAGACUACAGAGCUACAGUUUGUUUUCUACAGAAAUGGGCACAAUGUGCAGGGAUUCAAUUCAUCCAACCAAUAUGGAGUCCCCUCAGCUCAGCUGGAGGAUUCUGGGAAUUAUACCUGUGAGGUACAAACUCCAACCGGCAGUGUGAGGAAGAGGAGCAAUGUGGCACAUUUUUGGAUACUGGAGAGAAGACAAAAGCACCUGAUACCAGUUCUCAUUGGGAUACUGGUAGGGGUACUAGUGAUUUCUGCUGCCAUCAUAAUCUUCAAGUUCAGGCACAAAAUAUUAUCACUCCUAAUGUCUCAACACCUAGAACCCAAGACAGGUAUAAAUGUGUGCAGAACUGCAGAUAGAACCCUACAAAGAUCAGAAAAUAAAGACAAUUCAGAAUUGGAUGAUUAUCAACCAGUCAACAACAUUGGUGGCAGGAACCCCUCUUUGACUGAGGAUUCCACUUAUGUCAAUAUCAAACAUGUCUGGAAACCAACUCGGACAUUACUUCCCAAACAAGACAAAUACUUGGUUACCUAUGCUGUUGUAAGGAGAAGCAGCAGAGGAAUUGAAAUACAGGAACCUUCAGGCCAAGAAAGUUUGGAAUCCUCCUGCAUCUAUGAGAACUUUAAGGCUACAUCAUUUCAGGUUGAUUCGUCCCAUUUUUAAGAGCACUUAAUAUUAAGAGUUCUAAACUAUUGAAAGACAAACAGCAAUGCGUCAUAGCACAUGGGUGAUUUAGCCUGUUUCUUAGUUCAUGGAGGACCAAAUGUCCAAAGACAAUUAUUGGCUCAAAAUUGUGUCAGUAUUAUUGUAUUGUUAAUACAGGGGAAAUGGUCAAACCAUUAGAAAAAUAAACUAUAAUUAGUGAUGGGCGAAUUUGCGUCUUGUUUUUGACACCAGUGCCCGUUUUUUUGACGCCGGCGUCUGUUUUUUUUGACGCGCCUGGCGAAUAAAUUCGCCCAUCACUAACUAUAAUUCAUGAAACUUGUGAUUCUCAACCUUUUCCUCUAAGGUCUCACUCUCUUCAAUAAGCACGUCUAACUUCUAUUGUUGUAUGUAUUUUUACAUUGCAUUUAAUCCAAAAAUUGGAAAGCUGUUAUAGAAGUCUAUCAUGUCUCCCCAAUGAUGCUUACCUUACAGUUUGAAAAAGAAUAAAAAUAAUAAAUUAAA